AAAAAGAGAAAGAGAGGAAUGGCCAGUUCCAGUAAUCAAGCAUAUCUCUAUGAAAGGCCACAGCUGAGCAGACUCUGUUCUCAAAUAAGAACUUCAAGAUGGCAUCAGCUAGGAAUACAGCUAGAAGUGGAUCAGGCAACACUCAGUAACAUCAGAGAUGAUGGCUCCAUCCCAUACGACGAGAAAAGAUGCCGCAUGUUUGAGAAAUGGCUUGACGGUAACUCUAGAGCAACUAAUAAGCAGCUGCUGGAAGCACUGAGACUAAAAGUGAUUGGAGAAGAUGCAAUGGCAAAGGAAUAUGAGCAGACACUUGUAUCAAGCCAACAAGAAACCAACAAGGCAAUUGGGUGUACAGUAGCUUCAACACAGCAUGAAGAUAAUCCAACUAGAGAAGUAAUGGAAGAGAUGUUAAAGAAGGCAAUAAGCACAAAAAAGCUAACCGGCGAGGCACUGCAGCUCCAAGGAAUGUAUCACAAGCUCCUACCUUUAGUCCAGACCUCGUGCAGAGAAGAUAAACUUGAGCCGAUGAAAAACAUCCUCAGGUCAAUACUUCAAGAGAAAUCCCUCUACCAAUUGGCAGCCAUUGCUAAAUACCUGAAAGAAAUAAACAGCCUCAGCUCUGUAGAUCAAGUUUUCCAAUUCCUUGUCGAGAAACACUUCAUAAGUUACCUCAACUUUCAGCUACUCAAAGAAUUCGCAACUGAGACAAUAUGUGGUCCUAAGGCAAGCAAGAAGAUAGAGAGGGAGAUCUCAAAGUACCAGAAGCACUUUAAAAGCUUCAUGGAUAUACCAGAGUUCUCAACUCUGGUACAAGUCUUUGAUAAAACCCCAGAGCUCAACCCAAGCACCAUAAUGGGACUCCCUAUUGUAAUAAUAUCAUUAGUUGACUCCUGGAAGCAUCGGAACAGAAAGGAGCUGAGUGAUUGGAUACCUUUUCUCAAGGAAAACAAAGACCUACUGCAGUCAAUUGGAUAUAAGUGUAUACUCAUCACUUAUGCCAUCUUUCCUGUUGAUCUUCCUCAGGUGAUGACUUUCCUUAACGAUUGUACUAAAAUGGAGGAGCUGAAAAAGAAUGGGAUAACUAUAGAAAUAUCAGAAGAGGCUACGACAAUGUUUAAGUUACUUUCACCUCCAGAUGUAAGUAUCUUGAUAUCAAAGUUGGAGGCAGAAAUGAAAGUUCUGCAGGAAGAGAACAUAAAGCUCAAAGAAAUGACCGAGUCUGUGAAACAGACUCAAGAAAAGAUGAUCUACAUGUUCACGCAGACUCAACAAGUGUUGAUACAAACUCAAGAUAAGAUAACGCAAACUCAAAAGGCUCUGAUGCAGAAUCAGGAAAAACUAAUGGAGAAACUGAUGGUAACAUCCUUGCACCGUAGGAAAUCAUUACAAAAUGGAGAGCAACACAUAAGAGUGCAAAAAAGAAGAAGAGCAAAAUCAGAUAUAUUCGAUCCUGAUAGCAUCUCAGAAGUCCUUAAAGAUUCAAGUAGCAACUAUCCAAGUGGAGCUGCUGACAGAAGAUCUUCCGCUACUGAGAAUACUACAUACAAUAGCUACACACUCUGACUUAAUAGAAUAACAGACACAUUAUAUGUACCUGUAUGAGCAAUAACUGCUCAUGUGAAGUGCUGAAGCAUAAUAUUACACAAACAUGUAAUACUUUACAUUGCAGUUGUUUUUUUAAUGAUUUUUCUAGUAGCGUUUCAUGAUAAAUGAG